GUCAGGUUACCCAGUGGUGAUUAUGAUAAGGUCAAAUCGUGGUCAUGUGUAAGAGAGUGUUAGGGUUGUUUCUCAAAAACAAUGUAAUUCAGAUGUUUUGGUAAUUCCGGUAGACAUGAACGCUUGAUUGAAGUUGAUUUUUUAGUUUUGUGAAUCGAUUUAUAGUCUAUAUUUCACAGUUUUCUGUUCAAUUCAUUUUCACGUUCGCCAUGAUCCCAUGGACCCGGAUUUUAAUUUUAAUCGCUUUGACUCAAGCUGCAAUCGUUGUAACAGGAGAGGCAUUCAAGGUAAACAAGCUGGUUUUUCGUAAUGGUGACACGGAACUGAAAAUUAAUGACAAAGUUACGACGAAAGAUCAUAUAACUAAAUCGGAACACGCACCAGAGAAAUUUGAAGACGGGAAUUGUUUACUUUGCGUCCUGUUUGUUAGGCAUGGAAUGGGUGAUCUCAAGAAGCAUGGCAAUAUUACAAAGAUCAUCAAGUUGAUCGAGAAUGCUUGUAUAUACUUGCGACUCGAGGCACCAAUUGUAUGUAAAGGAGGUGUUGAUGUUUUCGGACAGCAAGCUGCAAUGCUUCUAAGAGAGGUGGAUCUGUCUCCAGAAGAAGUAUGCUUUCUUGCGUUUCCUGACCAAUGCUCAGUAUCGAGAAUCAAGUCAUCAUCACAAGAUUGGAAAAUCGAUUUACCUCCAUAUUUGUCACCCAAGGCAGCGUCCACUGAAUCCAAGAUCCAAGAAGACAACGUACUAAAGGUUCUGCACAUCUCUGAUGUUCAUGUUGAUUUGAAAUACGUACCUGGCGGAAAUGCUGAAUGUGGAGAACCGUUAUGCUGCCGCGCUAAAAAAAAGCCGAAGCAGGGAUUUUUGUCAAAAUUCGUUGGUAACUGGACCAGCAAAGCGUAUUCCAUGGCGUCAAAAUUUUCACCAAGUGAACACAAGACAGAACCUGCCGAUGGGGCAGGUUAUUGGGGUGAUUAUCGGGGAUGUGACCUCCCGUCGUGGACAUUUGAAAGUAUGUUGGAAACAAUCGUAAAUGGUUUAGUUGAUAACGAGUUCAACAUUAAUGGAUCUACAUCAAAUACACGACAUAUCGAUUACAUCAUUUGGACCGGCGAUAUUGCUUCUCAUGACAUAUGGGACCAAAGCCAAUUAAGUCAAAAGUUUUUGCUCAAAUAUAUGACAGCAAUGCUACGAACAUAUUUUCCUAAUACAAGAGUGUUUCCAGUAGCAGGAAAUCACGACUCGUUUCCUUCUAAUAACUAUCCCCCAUUUGGAAACACCAAAGAAAGUAGAUCAUCGAGUUGGAUAUACGAAACUCUUGCUGAAGUGUGGUCUCCGUGGUUGCCAGAACAUGCUUUGCGGGUGAGAACCACUUGCGAUCUUCAAUGUAAACUUCAGACCGUCAAACUUGGAGCGUACUAUACCGUUGUGGUUCAACCCGGUUUUCGUAUAGUUUCCCUCAACACGAACUUUUGUUACAGCGAGAACUGGUGGGUGUUUCUAAGCUCGAGCGAACCAGCUGGUAUGCUGAAUUGGUUUGUAGAUGUGCUGAGAUCAGCCGAAGAGAUUGGGGAAAAGGUACACGUAAUUGGACAUGUGCCACCCGGUCGCUACCCCGACUGUCUGCCUAAUUGGAGUGAAAUGUAUUUCAGAAUUAUUGAGCGCUUCCGCAACACGAUAACAGGUCAGUAUUUCGGACAUACACACUUUGACGAAAUUCAGUUAUUUUAUGGGAGUGGUGAUGAACCUGAACCCAUAUCUGUUGCUUAUCUUGCUCCCAGCGUGACACCAUACGUUGACAUGAAUCCAGGAUUCAGAGUGUACGAUAUUGCUGGGUUUUACCCGAAUAGUAGUUGGUCGGUUCUAAAUCAUCGAACCUAUGUGUUAAAUUUGACUGAAGCAAACCAUUCAACUAAGGAGGCCCCCAAAUGGAAGCUGGAAUAUGACGCUCAAAGUGCGUUUAAUUUAGAAUCUUUAUUGCCACGAGAUUGGGGUAAACUUGUACGCAAAUGGAAGGGAUACUUUGAAUCGGAAAGAAAAGGCACUUCACCAGCGACACUUGAAAAAUACGUGAAGUUUUAUUCGAAAAGCAGACUUCAUGGGUCCACCAACGAGGCGUCGUCGCAAAAUUCUAAUCUACCAUGUGAAAAUAUGGCUUGUGCAAGAAAAAUCGUCUGUGAUAUUAUUAAAAAUCGUCUGUGGCAGAUAUGUUUGAUGUAACGUCAAACCCGUCAUGUAGAUUUUGGCAUAAUGGUGCAGUCUCUAUAUUUUCUACGCAAUAAAUGUCGCAUAGAUUUACAAACUUUGUAAUCGAGUUAACUUUUCAUCUAGUUGAAAAUUAGCACGCAAAAUUUAAGAAAAUAAGAUUUGAACACCCGAUUCACAAACUGAAGCUGGUUAUAAAAUGUUGACACGUUCCAGUGUAAGACUACACGUUUAUUUGCAAGGUCUGAAACGGUUUCCGCACUGUUAUUGUUGGUGAGCGUGGCCUUGGGCAGUUUUAAGAAACCAACAUUGCGCACUACUGAAUAUAUGAGAUUACAUUCGGCCCGCUCUGUAGAUCUGGUAUUAUGAUUGUGAACACUGCAUUGUUCGCCGAAGUUGAUAUUGAAUUCUUUCGGAAGUCAACAAAUAUAUCGAUGCAUCAAUUCA